AUGGCGGAAGCAGAGCAAUUCACGAUUCCCCAAGCCUCCAAAGGAGACUCGCCAGAUAAGCGUGCCCAGCUGGUCGAACUCAUCGAACGCGCAGCCGCCAAAGAUGCAGCUAAAGACCACAAUUCUGCUUCGGAGCUCUAUUCACAAGCAACUGAACUCCAGGCGGAACUGAAUGGCGAGCUAUCGUCUGACAACGCUGAUAUCCUCUACGCCUAUGGGAAGUCUCUCUACAAUGUUGCCGUCAGCAAAAGCGAUGUUCUCGGAUCCAAGGUGGCAGGAGAACAACCUCAGGGUCUUUCUAGCCACGCUGGUCAAGCAAGUGCAACUUCCACCGGACCAGCCUCGGCUGGAGAGGGCUUGAUCAAAACCGCGAUCUCAAGCUCCAUGGCCAAGGGUGAAAGCUCCUCGGAAGGUAAAGGUGCACGCUCCGAGGCAACGCCGUCUAAGCCACUUUUCCAGUUCACUGGCGAUGAAAACUUUGUUGACUCUGAGUCGGAAGAAGAGGAAAAUGGCGACGCAGGAGAAGAGGAUGAUGAAGAGGAGGAUGACUUUGCCAAUGCUUUUGAAGUUCUGGAUCUGGCGCGGGUUCUCUAUCUCAAAAAGUUAAGCGCCGCGGAAGAGAACAAUGUUAGCAAGGGCAAGUCGACCGAGCUUCCGGCGCAUUUGAAGCACAUCAAAGAACGACUUGCCGACACCUACGACCUUCAGGCAGAAAUUUCCCUCGAGGCAGAGAGAUUCUCUGAUGCUGUCUCCGAUCUUCGAACCGCGCUAGAUCUCCGAAACUCUCUUGUCCCGUUUGAGGAUCCUUCCGUCGCUGAGUGCCAUUACAAGCUGUCUCUCGCCCUAGAGUUCGCCUCCGUACAGCAGCAAGACGAGGAAGACAGUGAUCAACCGAAGACAGUGGAUGAGACGAUGCGCGCAGAAGCCGCCACACAAAUGGAGCGCGCCAUCGAAAGCUGCAAAGUUCGCAUGGCUCAAGAGGAGAAAAGGUUGGACACCGACAAAGAUAUGGGCGAAGAUAAAGAAACCGCUGCGAAGCGCAAGAUUGCGAACGUCAAGGAGAUCAUUGCUGACAUGGAGCAAAGAUUGAUCGAUCUUCGGCAAUCCCCAGUCUCGCUUGAGCAAGGAGACCAAGGAAAUGAAGCCAUGCUGAAAGGCAUCCUCGGACAGAUCGUUGGUCAGUCCACAACAGAUCAAAAAGCCCGCCUCGACGCCGUAAGCAAAAGUGCAACAGAUCUCUCAUCAUUGGUUCGACGAAAGCCUGCUGCCAGUCAGCCCUCUCAGCAAUCGUCCAAACGCCCUGCGGAAGAUGACGCCUCCGCGGAAGAGUCAAAACGCGCACGGGUGAAUGAUGCGUGA